ACAAACCCUAAUCGAUUUGCUUGCUUCCAUUUUUUUUAAUUUGUGAUUAUCAAUUAAAUAAGAAGAAAAUGGCAACUCUCGCUGAUUCUUUCCUGGCAGACCUUGAUGAUUUAUCUGAUAAUGACGCUGAAAUUAUUGAGGAAGACGAUGGGGAUGUUGGAAAUAUGGAGGAAGAUAUUGAUGGGGAACUGGCAGAUAUUGAAGCCCUUAAUUAUGAUGAUUUGGAUAGUGUCUCAAAAUUACAGAAUACACAGAGAUAUAAUGAUAUAAUGCAGAAAGUGGAAAAUGCUCUUGAGAAGGGUUCUGAAGAAUCAGAUCAUGGAAUGGGAUUAGAAGAUGAUCCUGUGUAUCAGCUAAUUGUGGAUUGCAAUGCAUUGUCGGUGGAUAUUGAGAAUGAAAUUAUCAUUAUCCACAAUUUUAUUCGUGACAAGUACCGUUUGAAAUUUCCGGAACUUGAAUCGCUCGUGCAUCAUCCUAUUGAUUAUGCUCGUGUGGUGAAAAAGAUUGGCAAUGAGAUAGAUUUGACUCUUGUUGAUUUGGAAGGGCUUUUACCAUCUGCUAUUAUUAUGGUUGUUUCAGUGACAGCAUCAACAACAAGUGGCAAACCACUUUCUGAAGAAGUCCUCCAAAAGACAAUUGAUGCAUGUGACAGAGCCCUUGCUCUUGAUGCAGCAAAGAAAAAAGUGCUUGAUUUUGUAGAAAGUAGGAUGGGGUACAUUGCUCCAAAUAUUUCUGCUAUUCUAGGGAGUGCUGUUGCAGCAAAGCUUAUGGGGACGGCUGGCGGUCUGUCAGCAUUGUCCAAGAUGCCUGCUUGUAAUGUUCAGAUUCUUGGUGCCAAGAAGAAGAAUCUCGCAGGCUUUUCCACUGCAACAUCUCAAUUUCGUGUAGGUUAUAUUGAGCAAACUGAGGUAUUCCAGUCAACUCCACCUUCUCUCAGGAUGCGUGCUUGCCGACUCUUGGCUGCAAAAUCAGUACUUGCAGCACGGGUAGACUCUAGCAGAGCGGAUGCAUUGGGUAACACUGGAAAGAAACUUCGGGAAGAAAUUCAUAAGAAAAUAGAGAAGUGGCAAGAGCCUCCUCCCGCAAAGCAACCUAAACCGCUUCCAGUUCCCGAUUCUGAGCCUAAGAAAAAAAGGGGUGGACGCCGGUUGAGGAAGCUGAAGGAAAGAUAUGCAGUAACAGACAUGAGGAAGCUUGCCAACAGGAUGCAAUUUGGUGUGCCUGAAGAGAGCUCGCUAGGUGAUGGACUGGGAGAAGGUUAUGGAAUGCUUGGUCAAGCGGGAAGUGGGAAGCUGCGAGUAGCCAUUGGUCAGAGCAAACUCGCUGCUAAAGUUGCUAAGAAAUUCAAGGUGAAGCAAUAUGGAAGCAGCGGUGCUACAUCUGGUCUGACGUCAAGUCUGGCAUUUACACCAGUUCAGGGUAUUGAGCUCUCAAAUCCACAAGGUCAUGCACACCAGCUAGGCAGUGGAAUCCAGAGUACAUACUUUUCUGAGACCGGAACGUUUUCAAAGAUCAAGAGGAUAUAAAGUAAAGCAAAUACACAAGAUCAUUCUGAUUUUUCUUUUGUAGCAGAUUCAUAAAUAUUGCUUCUGAUCGGUUAGAUGAGAGCUUGUAAAAUAUAAUUUUGAGAUUGUAUUUUGCAUUUAUAGCUCCAGAAUGUAAUUGUGAAAAUGCUUGAAUGAGUUGCUUGGAAUCAAAAUAGAUAUUAUUGUUGCUCACUGAAAAAUACCUUUAAUAUGCCA